AUGGGUUUGUUAGAAUCUGUGGAAUCAAUCAACUGGGAGCUCGAAUCACCUCCGGUUUACCAUGAUUUUCGUGUUCUUCCUCUCUUCGCUGUGUUCUUUCCUUCCGUUCGAUUCCUCCUCGAUAGAUUCGUCUUUGAGUCCUGGCCUGAUCAACAAACCAAGUUAAAGUUGAAGCUUCUGUAUAUGUUUGUGGCUGGAUUCUAUACAUACUCAAUCUUUGCUCUGAUCUUCUGGGAAACAAGACGUUCUGAUUUUGGAGUUUCAAUGGGUCAUCAUAUUGCAACUCUUAUUCUUAUUGUCCUCUCAUACGUAUGUAGCUUCUCUCGUGUUGGUUCGGUUGUUCUGGCACUUCAUGAUGCAAGUGAUGUGUUUCUUGAAGUAGGGAAAAUGUCUAAAUAUAGUGGAGCUGAAAGAAUCGCAAGCUUUUCAUUCAUUCUUUUUGUUAUGUCUUGGAUCAUUCUUCGCCUCAUUUACUAUCCCUUUUGGAUCCUGUGGAGCACAAGCUAUGAAGUAGUUUUGGAACUGGAUAAGGACAAACACCCGGUUGAAGGACCAAUUUACUACUACAUGUUCAACACUCUUCUAUAUUGCUUGCUUGUUCUUCACAUUUAUUGGUGGGUUUUGAUGUAUCGGAUGCUUGUGAAACAAAUACAAGAUAGAGGGAAGCUUAGUGAAGAUGUCAGAUCUGAUUCUGAAGGAGAAGAUGAGCAUGAGGAUUGAUUGUUAUAACAAAGUAUUUGGACCAGCGCAUGGACAGGAUGGAUUAAGCAUUUCUCAUUCUAGCGAUUUGGAAGUUGGUUAAAUUGUAGUUCUAUUGAUUUGUAAAUUGUAACAUAUUGAAUAUCAGCUUUUAUUGUAUUGUUAUUAUUGUAUUUAUAUCUAGUUUUGUAUCACUUCAAUAAUUGAUAAAUUUAUCAAGUGUAUUCAUGUUUUAU